CCCUAGUGAAAAGACUAAAAAAUUUAAUCUUUUGGCGUGCGCUUCUCAUCGAAUAUUAAAAAUCAAAAACCCCGCAAAAGUCGGUUGCAGGAGUUCAAUUGUCAGGAAAAAAUUACAUAAAUACGAUGCCAGAAUUUUGGUAUUUGCAUUUUAAUGCAACCUUUAUAAAAAGAGCGUGGGAGGAAAUAGCCUGGGAAAUGGAUGAAGAUAAGCAACCCAAUCUUGCUUUUCUGAAAGCGAAGAAGCGCAUGCAAUGGAGUACUCCAUGGACGAUUCGCUAGAUCCGACUGAAGUUGGCUUUUUGGAAGCGAAAGCGGAGCUGGUGGUCGGGUUGUCUGAGCUGCCCAAAGAAUUUUAUUCCUACGGUGGAGGAAGAAGGACCGCGAAAAAGCGAAAGGUAGAGGAAUCACCAGCAACAAAAAUAUGUGACAUGCUAGGCAACUUCCUGGAGCAACAACAAAGGGCCCCCUUACCACUCCACCAAGGCGAAUAUAUGCAUACUGGGAAUCAAUAUUAUAUACUUUUUCUCUGGAACGUGCUGCUGAAGUCGAGCAGAAGAUGACCACGCUUCUGUGGGAGGAGAAAGACGCCAGCAAAUAAUCGGUUAAUCAAAUAACAAAAUUUAAUCAUGGCAAUAUAA